AUGAAAUCGUUUUCCGAAGGAAGGAGACUUUAUGUAGGAAAUAUGCCGUACAUGGCGAAGAAGAAAGAUGUGGAAUCCCUAUUCACUGAAGGCGAGACGAUCUAUAACGUAGAGCGCAUCGAUAUAUCCAUUGACCCAUUCACCGGGCGGAAUCCAUCGUACUGCUUCGUCGAGCUGGAGACAAAGCAACAGGCAGAUCUAGCGAUUAUGGAAUUAAAUGGCAAAGACAUGUUGGGUCGUCCCGUGAAAAUCAAACCUGGAAUCCCCAAGUCGUCCAAGGAGCCCUUUGGACGAAGAGACAUGGCCACGACUCCGGAAAAACAGCCACCAAGAUUUGUCUUUGAGCGAUGGGAGAGAUCAGAUGAUGCUUCGAGUCACUGGUAUGAUUAUAGCGCCCAGGGCCGCCGUCUAUUCGUUGGAGGCCUUCCCAGGAUGCCAAACCAACCUACCGCAGACUAUGAAAUCCGGAAAUUGUUUUACGGUUUCAACAUUGAAGCCAUCAGCAAAGUUAUCUCCCCGCACCCGUCGAAACGCUCACAACCUGGAAACCAUUACUACCUCUUUGUCGACCUGGCCUCGUCGGAGGAGGCUGACCGCGCCAUCGAAGCCCUAACCGGUGUCAGCGCUGUCUGGGGCAGUCGGGUACACAUAAACAAGGCCCGCGGAAACUCGCACAAACCCGCUGAGCGCGACCGAUGGGAAGGGAACAGCAAGGCACACAAUGGAAGCGAUGAUCAGAAUGAUGAUGGCAGCAGUGGGCAAUCAGCUACGGGUGCGGAAUCUGACCGUCCACCACGAUCACGUUGGGCACUGCCAGGCGGAUUUGGAGACGAAGCCGGGGCGUCUUCAACCCAGUCUGCUCGCGUGGAGUCGCCACCAUAG